AUAUUCACAUCGAUUACAUCGAUAUGCGUAACCGAUUUUCGCGCAAUUGAGAGAACUUUUUGAAAAUAGCUGUUGCUGAUGCAACUCUAGAAACUAAAGAAACGAGAUACUAAUUCAAGAAUUCUACCGUUAAUUAUUUUUUUCCUUUCGUGUUUAUUAAUUGUAUUAUACAUUUACUUAUGUGUUGAUUGUUUCAAUUCCAUUUCAAUAACUACGGCAUCAAUGGAAUCAACAAAAAUUGGCGGUUACGAUGUCUUUUUCCCAUUCAAACCUUAUGCUUUACAAAAAGCCUACAUGAGUCAAGUACUUAAAUGUCUCAGAGAGAAACAAAAUGGCUUGUUGGAAAGCCCUACCGGCACUGGUAAAACGCUUUCUCUUCUUUGUUCUACGCUAUCCUGGUUGGAAAAAAUGAAAUUAUCUCCAUUAUUAAAAGUAAUGGAUACAAAGCCCAAAAUGAUAAAUCUUGAUGAAUCUGGCGACCCAUUCGAAUUAGCUGAUGAAUAUGCUAAAGAUUCAAAGAAAGACGAAAAAAAAGGACCCUUGAAUGAAAAUCCUUCUCCCAAAAUCUUCUAUUCUUCUCGUACUCAUGCACAACUAUCCCAAGCAUGUAAAGAAAUGAAGCGAUCUUACUAUCGUCAUAUGUCUGCUGUAGUGAUGGGAGGCAGAGAUAAUCUUUGUAUAAAUGAAGAAGUUAUGAGAUUGGAAAGCAAUACCGCAAAAACUCAUGCUUGUCGCGCUAAAGUGAAAGCUAAACAGUGUCAAUAUCAUAUUCAAUUUGAAAGGAAAGUUGCAACAUCCGAUGAUUUUAAUUCAACGCCCAUCUUGGACAUCGAGGACCUUGUCAAGUUAGGAAUGAAGCAUAAAGUUUGUCCUUAUUAUGCAACUAGAGUAGUUAAACAAAAGGCCGAUGUAAUCUUUAUGCCUUAUAACUACCUAUUAGAGCCAUCAUCUCGAAAAGCUCUUGGAAUUGAAAUAGUGGGUAAUGUGAUCAUUUUCGAUGAAGGACAUAACAUCGAACGUAUCUGUGAAGAUGCUGUAUCUGGUCAACUAAAAUCUGAAUCGAUUGAAUUUUUGAUAAAGGAGUUGAAAACUCUUGCCCAUCAUAUGCGGAAUAUUAAUUACGUUGAUAACAUUGGUCCUGAAGCAUUGGAUGCAUUAGCAGAUCUAAGUCUCGAUGAAGUAACUUUGUUAAAAGACACUUUAAUUGCACUUCAAGGUGAAAUAGAAAAGGCUGUAGAAGGUACGGAAGAUAAAAAAGUUCAUAUUCAAAAAUGGGUUUUCGAUAUUUGUGAAAGAGUCGGAAUUACUUUUGGUCAACAUAAAUUACUCAUGAGUGCUAUCGAAAAUAUCAUGGCCUACGUGAUUAAUACCAGCUUAAUGGCUGGUCAUAGUAAUUUUGCUUCUUUUGCUGCUCACCUCCAAUUGUUUAAUGAUUUUUUAUUAAUUAUAUUCCCUGACGGAUUUAACGAUGAAAAGUCUUGGUUGGAAUUUCAAGCAGAAUUCAUAAAAAAAUAUCGUGUUUUCACAGAAAAGGAAAACGACGAGAACAACGAAAAGAAAACACAUAGUGUUUUACAGGCUAAUGGUUUUUCACAAGUCAAUGGUUAUUCACAAAGUAAUAAAAGGUUCAAAGGCUGGAACAUGGUAAACAAUAAUAAGUCACCUUUGGAUCAAAAGAAACCUUGGACUCUUUUCUUGUGGUGUCUUAGUGCUAGUAUUGGACUAAAUGGCUUAAUACGGCAAGGAGCCCACUGUUUAAUAAUCACAAGUGGAACAUUGGCUCCAUUACAUUCUUUUCAAAUUGAACUUGAAACUCCUUUCCCAGUAACUCUCCAAAAUAGGCACAUCAUCGACGAAACUCAAAUCUGCAUUUAUAUCAUCAAACAAUCAUACAACGGCAUCACUUUUAAUACUUGUUAUGAUAAUCGGCAAAAUUUAGAACACAUUCGAGCUGUGGGACAAAGUAUUGUACAUUUCUGUAAAAUCAUCCCUGAUGGUGUUCUGUUAUUUUUCGCUUCUUAUGCUGUUAUGACUAAUAUGUUGAAAGUGUGGCGAGAAAAGGACAAAGACUGGAAAAUUUAUUCGACGCUAAGAUCAACAAAGGUUCUGUUUGAAGAACCAAGAGACAAAGUUGAAUUUGCAAGUUGCAUAGAACAAUUUAAGCAAAAAAUCGACGAACCACAUUCAAAAGGUGCCAUUUUCAUGGGAGUUUGUCGAGGUAAAUUAUCUGAAGGUCUCGAUAUGGCAGAUAAAUAUUGUCGAGGUGUACUCAUGGUUGGCCUACCAUUUCCAGCUACUCAAGAACCUCGCAUUCUGGUAAAGAAACAAUAUUUGACGGAAUUGAGAAAUCCUGAACUAACAGCAAACGAUUGGUAUACUUUGCAAAUGAAACGCGCACUUAACCAAGCCAUAGGCAGAAUCGUUAGACAUAAAGAUGAUUACGGAGUUGUACUCCUCAUUGAUACAAGAUUUGAACAGCACAUAACAGGCUUAUCUAAAUGGACACAGCCAUUUGUAAAAACUAAAACUUAUUCCGAAGCAUCUAAUGCAGUGACCCGAUUUUUUGAGCGUCAUGAGGCAAAGUCCAAAGAUGAAAUCACAUUAAAUUGAGUGUACCAUAUGUAUUAUUUUUUAUUGAUCCAUUAUCCGAAUUAGAAUUCACGUAUUAAAUGAUUUUUGAUAGAAUUGUACUCAUCAUAUUAAAUUGUUAAAUAAUGCA